AUGUUCAAGUUGCCAAUCAAUGGCUCUACCACUCGCUCGGUUCCCUGCCCGGCGAAAAUUUGUGAAUUCGGUCAAUCUACAUGUGCGACUGGAUAUAAAAAGUGGAAAAACGUCGCCUUGGAGAUUUAUGUUUGUGGUAAUGUGACAAGGGAUGAUGAUUAUGUGACACCGACUUGUCUCUGCUGUCUUUCCGGUUGCCAAAGAGACGAUCGGGGUUACCCUGGAAUCUAUAUAACUGGUGGAUAUAAGGAGAACGGGGAGCUUGUCUGGAGCGAUGGCUCUUCGAUGGACUAUUUCGGGCUAAACUCGACAAACUGUAUUGGUAUCUGCUCUGAGCCGGAUUGCAUGCUUGUGAUAGUCAGCUACGAUUGUAUCGCAGCGUGCCCACCAGGCACCUGGUAUGUGCCUCCAAACCGUGAAGUGGCUCGCUCCUAUGCUGUCUGCAAGAGACGUCCCCCGUGUCUCCUUGCA